AUGUGGCAAUUACUCCCAUCAAUAUCAUUUUAUUUAUUUUCAACAAAAUCUACACUUGGAAUCAAUCCAUUACGUUCAGCAUCAUGUGAAAAUAUUUUACAACCAAAUUGGUUAUUAGUUGGUAUUGGAUUUGGUAGUUUAUUAUUUUAUCUUCAAUGGGUAUUUGGUGAUAUAUCAGUUGUUAGUCGAUGGGCUUCGAAUGGUUUUCCAAAUCAACCACUCGAUCCAAUACCUUAUGGUCUUCUCAUAUGGUUUGGUUUAUUUUGUGGUAUUGUAAUAAUCAAUCGUCUUAGUAUAGUAACAAAUCGAUGGUGGGUAUCAGUAGGUUUUCUUGGUUCUGGUUUGUUAUAUUUCAGUCGUGGAAAUGUUUCAUUUAUGAGUGGUUUUGCUCUAAGUAUAUUUAUUGGAUCAAUACUUCCAUUAUUAUUUGAUAAAAUAGCUCGUGGUCUUUCAACACAUAUUGUUUUUAUUGCUAAUUUUGCAUAUAUUAUUCAAGUUAUUUAUGCUGUUUGGACAAGUGCUUAUAAUUUUGUUCCGUUUGGUGGAACAUAA